AUGGAUUUGGUUAAAAAUGGCAUUUUAUUAAGCAAAAAUUCAGUUAUAUUUAUUUGGGCAACAUUAAAAAAAUUUACAUUUACCCAAAUUAAAAAAAUACCAAAAUUCAAAAAACAAGUUGAAGAAGAAACUAAGAAAAUUUCAGACUUAUUUGAAAAUGAAGUUAUCGAAAAUACUAAGAGUGAAAAAUAUGUUGUUGAACUCCCAUCACAAGGAAUUUCUCGAGAUGAAUUAAUUAAAACUGUAAAUAGGUAUUUAAAUCUUGGUAAAUACAAUUGGAAAGAGGGGUUUAUUUCUGGUGCUAUAUAUUAUUAUGACGAAGAAUUAAUUAAGUUACUCACUGAAGUAUAUGGACUUGCUUCAUACACAAAUCCUCUACACUCAGAUAUAUUUCCAGGAAUUUGUAAGAUGGAAGCAGAAGUUGUACGUUUAGUUGUAAAUCUAUUUCAUGGAGAUUCAAAUGGUUGUGGAACAAUGACAAGUGGUGGAACAGAGUCAAUUGUAAUGGCAUGUAAAGCUUAUAGAGAUUUUGGAAGAAAUGAAUGUGGUAUUAAAAAGGGUGAAAUAAUAGUUCCACGAUCAGCACACCCUGCAUUUGAUAAAGCUGCUUCUUAUUUUGGUAUUAAAAUUAUUCACAUUAGUUUACAUCCUGAUACUUAUACAGUAAAUUUAAAAAAAAUGGAAAAUGCAAUAACUAAGAAUACAUUACUGCUAGUUGGAUCAUUUCCUAAUUUUCCAUAUGGAACAUCAGAUGAUAUAGAAGCAAUAUCAGCUUUGGGUCUUAAAUAUAAUAUUCCAGUCCACGUCGAUUGUUGUUUAGGUGGUUUCAUAGCAGCAUUUAUGCCACAAGCUGGUUUUCCAUUACCUCCUUUUGAUUUUAUUUUGCCAGGCGUUACAAGUAUAUCUGCUGAUACACAUAAGUAUGGAUAUGCACCUAAAGGUUCAUCAGUUAUAUUGUAUUCUGAUAAAAAAUAUAGACAUAACCAAUAUUAUGUAUGCACUGAAUGGCCUGGUGGGCAUUAUGGUUCACCAACUGUUAGCGGAUCAAGGUCUGGGGGUAUAAUUGCUGCAUGCUGGGCCACAUUAAUGUAUUUUGGUAUGAAUGGCUAUAUUACUUCAACAAAGGAAGUAAUGGACACUAAAAUAUUUAUCGAAGAACAAUUACGUAGUAUGAAAGGUAUUUUUAUCUUUGGAAAGCCUACUACGUCUGUGAUAGCAAUAGGUUCUGAUGAUUUUAAUAUUUAUCGACUAUCUGAUGCAUUAAAUUCAAGAGGUUGGAAUUUAAACACUUUACAAUUUCCAAUUGGGAUUCAUAUUUGUAUUACACAUUUACAUACAAAACCCGGUGUAGCCUCAUUAUUUAUCGAAGAUUUAAGACAAGAACUAAUUGAAAUAUUAAAAACUCCUAAUGUUGAACUCACUGGAAAAAUGGCUAUGUAUGGAAUGUCCGCUACAUUGCCUGAUAGAACUAUAGUUGGUGACAUCACAAGAUAUUUUAUAGAUGCUAUGUAUUAUACUCCAAAAUAA